AAGUUCCGAAUGCUUUGUUACGCUACGAAUACGAAUAAAUUCACUUCAUCAGCCCCGAACGAAAUCAAAACAGCAUUGCCUCACAGCAAUCCUUUUUUCGGAGUUUCAAAGUCAGCUGAUUUACGUCAAAAUAUUAGAAGAAAAAUCGAUUUCAAUUUUUGUUGUUAAUAUUUUGAUGUUGGAUAAUUGUUUUGUUAAUCAAAAAUGGAUUCGAUAGCAAUUGCAAUUUUUGAAAUAAAUUCGGAAAAUACCCAAAGAAGACGGAAAUUAAAAUUACAACGCAAGAUUUUGAGAGAUGCGUUCAAUCCAUUCGAACUCGAUGACAAAGUAUUUAAAAAAAACUUUCGGUUAAAUAAGGCAGCAUUCAAAUACAUAUUGGAGGAGCUGGACCAAGAACUUGAUCCGUGUGUCUUUUCUUGUUCAAUUUCACCGAUCAGCAGGCUGGCAGCGGUUUUGAGAUUCAUUGCGGAGGGAGGCUACCAACACGGGGUCGGCAAGGAUUUUGAAAUUGGAAUGGCCCAGUCUACUUUUUCUACAAAUCUCAAAAUUGUUCUGAACAUUUUGAAAAGAAGACUGUGUCCUGUAUGGAUCAAAUUAGAAACUACCGAAGUUGAGAAACGUCAAGCAAAGUUUGAUUUUUACAGCAAAGCAGGAUUUCCAGGGACUAUAAUGUGCGUGGAUGGAACCCAUGUGAAAAUCAUUGCACCAGCGGAAGAGAAGUUUUUGUACUUCAAUAGAAAAGGGUACUUCAGCAUUAAUGCCAUGGUGAUUUGUGACAACAAAAUGCGAGUUAAGUUCAUAGACGCAAGAUAUCCGGGAUCAAACCAUGAUUCUCAUGUGUGGAAUUUAAGUUCAGCAAAAACACAUUUUGAAAGAAAAUUUCGUGAAGGCGAAAGAAACACUUGGAUUAUAGGCGAUGCCGGAUACCCUCUUGAACCCUGGCUCAUAACUCCAUUCCGCUCUCCUGAGCCUGGGAGUUCUCAAAGCACCUUCAACUUCAUAGCAAAACACGGAACAUGGUGGAGAGAGUCAUUGGAGUCAUAAAAAAUCGAUCACGGUGUUUACUGGCAGCACGUCAAAUGCAUUAUUCCCCACAAAAAGCCGCACAAAUUAUUAAUUUAGCGUGUGCCUUGCAUAACAUUUGCAUUCAUUUUAAGGUCGAUGAUGAUUUUGCCGGAAUCGAAGUUGAACCUGAAGACGAAGUGGAAGAAAAUGACGUAGUCCCCGAUACGAAUAACCAUAGCGUGGCAUCCCGAAUAAGGGAUAGUAUUUUGAGGAGCUUAAUUUAAAAAAGAAAGAAACUUCAUACUACAUAUAUUUAUUAUACAUAAUGUGCUGUGCAUACAUACUUAAGAUUAAUUAAAAAAAAAAUAUGAAUUCAUGGAAACAAAAAAGAUUUUAAGUUUUUAAAAGUUUUUAGGAACUGGAAGCGUGGUAUACAUAUUUAAAUUCAUCAUUAAGGUUUGCAUAUC